AUGGCAUCGAUACCAGCUGCUGAGGCACCUAAAGGAAGUGACAGCAAGCUUGACCUACACGACCUUUGUCGUUUGAAAUCAAAGCCCUCUCUGGUAGGGAGUGUUGAAGUAAGUAAACAUUCUGAACUCCUAUAUCCUACAUGGUCUAACUCAGUCAUCCUAGAGGACUCAUCACGAUCUAAUCUUCCAAAGCCGCCUAGGGGCUAUGUUUACAUCACCUUCGCCGAGCCAUCGCAAGGAAGCUCUCUUGUGCACGAGGAUGAUCUUGAUCUUGUCGAUCGGGCAAUAGGCACUGGUGAAAUUGUCAAACGCGAUCUUAACGACACUUUCAGUGGUACAGCAAUUGAGGCAACCAUUACAUGUACUCUCGAGCCUGUUGCAUUCCGAACGACCGACCCCGUGACAGGAGAGGACGGACCGCUGAGAUUCACAGAGCCAGCCGUCAAACGCCGCAAUUCGCCAGAAAUCCAGGACGACCACUUGGCUCCGCCGCUGCUUUAUGAUAUUCCCGUGACAGAACUGACAAACUACGAGGAAUUCUCUGAAGGAGAUUACAUUGUUUAUGAACAGAAGCUGGGCAUGGUGCGGGAAGUUGAGCGCGAUGCAAUCUUGCUUCUCCAUGAUCAGAAACCUGUCUCACCUCUGGACCCCUUUGCCCUGCAACUGCCCAUUUCCGUCGGGACCGAAAGGGUUGUGUCAUGGCCGGAAAACCAGAGCGCCAUGAGGUCAUACCCUCUACCCAAUGGCGACUAUCUUUGGACUGUUGAAUCGGAGUCCGUCUUUCCGGGGCAAUAUACGCUGACGUCUCCGACGAACUUGAGCCGGAGAGAUUGGAGUUCGGAUUUGGCCUCUAAUUUUCAACCAGAGGGUCAUAUCCUAGCGACUCCUGCCGUGAGCUUCCACGUCGAUUGGCUCUGCCCCAAUCCCUUUUCUACGGGGCCGCCGCACAGUGAUAGCAACAAUGAUGUUCUCCGUGCGUCCGUGCUGCAGGGCAAAGCAAUGAGAUGCGACUUUAGCCGGUUUCCAACGGAGGGAUUGAAUGAGAAGACAGUCCGAUCAGAUACAUGGGCCGAGCUCAAUCCCGGGGAUAGGGUUCGCUUCAGAAACCCAACCGAUGCCACCUCCAAAUACAACCACAAGCAGAUACCCACUGACCAGUCCUUCGGCCAUGAUAUCAAUAUCUUUCGCGUUGUGUCCACUCAAACGCAGGUUACUGUUCAAUGGCAGGAUCUCAGUAUCACAACCCAGCCUGCUACUUCCUUGCACAAAUUCACCACAUUUGGUGAUGAGGUCUGGCCGGGGAACAUUGUUAUUUUGGCUGAGAGCCUUGCGGGACCUCAGACUUCCUGUAGCCGCCAUGAGAUACGUCGUGCUCAGAAGGUCGGUAUAGUGCAAGCAGUUAACAGCGCAGAGAGGGUGGCGUCCGUCCGCUGGUAUAAAAACCCAGAUGUCGAACUGCUCCACAGAGGAAACAUGCUGAAGCCUGGUUUUACCCUGGGUGAGCUUGAUGAAACUGUCACACAGGUGUCUGUCUAUGAGCUCUGCUCAUUUCCUGCUUUGAGUAAAGGCCCGGGCGAUUUAGUGCUCCUCGCUCCAGAGACAGUCCAUCAAUCAUCCUUGCCGCCAAAGGGCAUCGAACCACCUGGCAUUACAGGGCCUUGCUUAUCCAGCUACCUGUAUCCGAUAUCUUUUCUCGAGAUUGGAAUGUAUCUUGAAUCCAUGAAACUGACCCUCGUUGAAUCGUCGGGGUUCAAAAACGGAACCACAAUCGAUACAGCCCCUUUGCCUCCGCGAGGUACCCUUCAGGAUGACUACAAUAGGCAAUCCACUUGUAACUUUGUGGGUAACAUUCUUUCUAUGGACAUCAAUGGCACAGUUACAGUUCGACUUGUCGGCCGCAACGCUUGCAGAGAUAUUUGUGUGCCGAUGGAAAAGAUACUCAUGGUCAUCGACGAGGAUUAUGACGAGGUGCCUCCCUUGCCCAUCCCACCAGUCGGCGGCAUAACCAAUUUCCCUGGACUGGCCCCGUUGUUUCCCGGUUACAUGUUUGACUUACCUGGUGUACCUCCUUGGGCUAUGGAUCCUCUGUUCACCGGUCCUGGCUUACCUGCCUGGGCUCAAACCCCAUCUCUGUUCAAUCGGACAUAUGAAUAUGAGGGUGGGGAGCGACUGGAUAAUGAUGCUAACGAUGACCAAUGGAUGACCGAAGAUGAUUCUGAGGGAGACGAGGAAUCCAGCUUUGAAGAGGACAGUGACCUUGAAAGCGAGGAACACGCAGUGCUCGGUCAAGAGGAGCUUGUGGCACCCGAGGUUACAGAGGUCAAGAUUACGAGUGUACCUGGCGACGAUCAGAAGAUGGCAGUCGAUAACCCCCACAGUCAUACCCAAGAGACGCAUGGGGCUGGUGGGCCUUCUUCGCGCUCAUCUUCCUUUCCAUCCGAGUGUCCUCCUGGAUUUAUGAUUCUGGAGAGUGAUCCCCCUGUCGAUCACCACUUUCUUGCAAGAGCCCCAGCAAGAGGAACGGGACUGCGAAUGAGCCGUAUUCGAAAGGAGUAUGAGAUCUUGCAGUCAGCGCUGCCAUCUGGUAUCUUCGUUCGAACCUGGGAAUCUCGAAUGGAUCUCUUGCGUGUUUUGAUCAUUGGUCCUCAAGGCACGCCAUAUGAGCAUGCUCCGUUUGUGAUUGACUUUCAGUUUCCUGAAGAUUACCCCAACAAGCCCCCGGUUUCCUUCUUCCACUCGUGGACCAAUGGACAGAGUAGGGUCAAUCCUAAUCUGUAUGAAGAUGGACGUAUCUGUCUCAGCAUCUUGGGGACUUGGCCUACAAAGAACCCUGAAGAAAGUUGGUCGCCAACCAGCUCCACUGCACUGCAGAUCCUGGUAUCGAUCAUGGGCCUUGUGCUGGUGAAGAAUCCUUUUUAUAAUGAAGCUGGCUACGAAAUGCUGGCUGCAGACGACAACCGUCAUGUUGAGUCCGUGCAGUACACCGAGAAAGCAUAUUUGACAGCUCGGAACUUCAUUAAGCACGCAAUAGAACAUUCAGUUGCUGGUCUGGAGGAUGUUGUGACAUGGAACUAUCUAGCGGGUCUUGGGCAGGAGGACGACAAGUCCAGUUAUCCUCGACUGCUGCGCCGAGCCAUUGACUCUGCCCUCGAGCUGAUCGAGCAUCACAACAAUACCUCUGCUGAAGACAAGCUAGAUGAAGGCCACGCGGCGGCGCCAUUUGUGUCCCGUCUCAGUCUGGGGGCAGUAGUCAUGCUCCGGAGACAAGCUGCCUCCACCGGCCGAGCCGGCUGCCAGAACAAAGAAUGCAAAGACGAGAAGAUCAAGAUCGGCAAAGGCGAGCUCCGUCUAGGCACCUGGGUCGACACCGAGCGGUUCCAGAGCUUCUUUUGGAGACACUGGGGCUGUGUCACGCCCAAGAUCAUUGGUAAUCUCAAUGAGUCCGUUGAGGAGAUGAGUGGGGAUGCGAAAGACCUCAAUACCCUAGAUGGCUUUGAGGAUCUUCCUUCUGAGUACCAGGAGAAGGUCCGCAAGGCUCUGGAACAGGGCCAUGUUGAUGAUGAGGAUUGGAAAGGGGAUGUCGAAAUGAACCGGCCCGGCAAGACGGGUUUCCGCAAGCGCGCUACCAAGAAGAAGGCUGACGAAGAAGAGGUAUUCACUCCUUCCAUGACAGUGUUUUUAUUUUCGGUACUAACGCCGAACAAACAGGAAGAGACAGCAUCCGAGAAGGAGAAACAGAAGGCCCCCAAGACCAAGAAACGGGCCCGCGCAGAGACCGAAAACGAAAAGACCGACGACAAUGCCCCCACGCCAAAGGCCAAGAGGGCCAAAAAGGGCGGCCGCGUCAAGCAGGAAAGCGACCACGAGGAUGAGCAUGGAUCCGACGACACCGAGGUCGAGUACAAGCCGAGACCGACCAGACGAGGCCGCUCCGGGAAGAUCGCCGCAGAGGAGAAACCAGCCCCGGCGCCUGAGAAACCGGCUGCGAAGCGGCAGCGGAAGUCGGUGGGUGAGGAUGGCGAUGCGGAGGCUGAACCCGUUCAGGAGAAGCCCAAGCGUGGACGCAGGAAGAAGAUGGCCUAG